CCCAAAAAUCUCGCCAUUACACAUUAUACUACGCUGACAGGCCCUUCCUCAAAUCGCUGUUUUUGCGAAGCAAACUCCUAUCCCUUCCAAAAUGUCCGACCCGGAAAUCGCACCCGCCGCCGCAUCGGAGCAAGACUCCGCUCCAACGCAGCAGCACAACCAAGACCAACCACCGGCCACCGCCAAACUCCCCCCCGCCGGCAUCUCCUUCAGCAUUUGGCCGCCCACUCAACGCACCCGCGACGCCGUCAUCAACCGCUUAAUCGAAACCCUAUCCACUCCCUCCGUCCUCUCCAAGCGCUACGGUACAAUGCCCCCCGACGAGGCCUCUGCCGCUGCGCGCCAGAUCGAGGAUGAGGCCUUCUCCGCCGCCGGUGGUUCCGCCGCUUCCGACAACGACGGCAUCGAGAUCCUCCAGGUAUAUUCCAAGGAGAUCAGCAAACGGAUGCUUGACACCGUUAAGGCCAGAGCUACCACAGGUUCCAACGCCGUCGAUAACGGCGUUGAUCAGAACCCUACCUCCGAUGUUACUCCUUCCUCCGCCGCAGAGAGCGCCCCUGCUGCCGCCGAAUCCGAAACCUGAUCCUUGGGAUUAUAGUAUGUUAGGGUUCCCUUGUUGAGGGUUUAUAUUCUAAUAUUUUAUAGUAUGAUGAUCUAUCUGUAGAACUUUGUUUAUUUCUUGUGCCACCAAUGUUGAGUAUAAAUUAUUCCCCUGAACAUCUUUAGUUGUUUUAUUGUUUACCUCUAUGUGCUUCGCUUAGUGGUGAAUUUCCUUGGCUUUAUGCGAUUCCUUUGCUUCUAUGUUAUCUCUUGCUAAAUUUUGUGGAAAUCCGAGACAUUA